GCACCGCGUGCGGUUGAGACGAGUUCAGUUCGAGUCGGCAGCGAGAGUGAACGCGUUUCUCGGUUUUAUCUUCCGUUCUUCUGUUCCCAUUCGCACCUCACGCUAUUCAGUAAACAGUAUUUUCGAAAAAUAUUAAUUACCCCUUCAAACAUUGUUCGAAAUCAGUGUGGUAGCAAGUUUGAGCACGGAAACGGUUCAGCGAGGAUACCUGCGAAGAAGAAAGAGCGAGACGGAAGCCAAGAAAAAAAGGCUGGAGUGUUUACUUUUGCGAUAGUUUCAUUCGACGAUUGCUUUGAUUCAUUUUGUCGUGCUGUUUCCAUUGUGCAAUUUAGUGUUUUUGUUUAUGCCGACCGAGGAAAAGAAACAAUCGACCUUGGCGAUGAUUUGAUUGUUCAGUGAUGAUGAAAACGAUCAGAAAGUGAGUUAAAGUGAAUGGUAGACCUAAUUUACUUUGAAUAGUGAACAGGACAAAGAUGAAGUUUAAGUACAGAAUCAAUUGAAGACAAAUGCUGUUAUUCAAACAAUCGUUUAUUUCACAUUUUCCGGGGAAAACUUCGGUAGUUGUCAGUAACAAACAAAGUCAAGUUUAGUGGUUAAACCUAUAAAAAAGUGCAGAUUUUCUUAUGCUUAAAAUUUGUUCACCUUGUUUCGAUUUCAAUUCAUUUACACCGUGCACCAAUACAUUGGCAACGAGGAAGGUGAGCUGAAACAAAUGUAAUAACAUCAACAACAACAGCAACAAUAAUAAUGGAAAGGUGUUUGUGGUGGAAUAAAACAUAAACGAGAAGAGAGACCGUCCUGGCUUGGAGGUCGUGGAUUGCAAAAGAAAGGUCCAACAAAGCAGCCAAGAAUCAAGGCGACGACUAAGUGGCCCUCAGAGCAACCUUCGUCGAUCCGGUCGGUGUUGUGCAAAUCUCGUAAAUGUGUGAAAGGAAGCUGAUACAAGGCAAGAAGAGAGUGCCAAGGAGAGCCAUCGCAGCAUAAAAGGCGAUCGUGUUGUUUUUUUUAUUAUUUUUCUUCUGAGCUUUGUGCAGCACAUACACUUUUUCUGUCUCACUCUUACCCUGAUGAUAAUGAUGGUUCUUACCUGUGCCGACCAGAUGCAGCAGUGAGUGUUUGCAGCGCAAUAGUGGUGGUGGGAAAGCAACAGCACAGUCGUCGGCCAGUGUCAAUAAACUCUGGUGCGCUCGUCGUCGAAAUUGUCGUCGACGGAUGCGAGAGGAAAGGCACCGAGCGAAAUCACCACGAAACUCCUUGGAUAUAUUUGAGAAAAAAAAAAGAGGCAACACAGUGAAAACCUUUGGGACCAAGAAGUACGUAGAAAAUGAUGAAUCUUUCAUGCGGAAGGCCUUGCAUUAAAAUGAAUUUGUGUCAAAUCGAAAUGAUUUCUGCUUCAAUAUUAUUGUCUUAGCAUCGCAUGUCCCGUGUGCCGUGUAUGUGUGAAGAAUAUUAAUCGAAGCAGCUAGCAGAAUGACAUCAACGGAGUCGCGAGGAAACGUUUCGGUAACGACGAUCAACUGUGAGAAUGAUCCGAGUUUCAAUCCGACCAACAACAUGAGCAGCAUGAUUCCUACACCAUCUUCCGGAACCAGUUCCGGAAGUAGUAGCAGCAGUAACACUCCGAACGCCAGCACCAGCACGAUUUUCGGCAACGUUGGCAUCAGAAUAACCGUGCCAAAAAUGGAAGAAUCCGACGAGUCUGAUACAGAACUAUCAAACAUAGAAAAGACAGCCAAGGUCAACAUGAGAGAGGAUAGUCGCGCUAGCAAGGGAUUGCCACGGCCAAUGUCCUGGGAGGGUGAACUAUCCGAACCAGAAGCGAUGAUGAUUGAUAACGAAAACAGUUCCAGUGGCCCAAGUGGGCCAGGGACGGAAGCCAAACCAGAUCCGCUCUUAGUGGCCAAGGAAGAACCCACUGGACCAGGGAUAACGGAACCACUGGCCCUGACCGCCAAUCACAGUAGCAGUAGCUCGCCCCUUCCAAACCGAGUUAUCAAACCGGAAGUGGGCAUUCCUUUAAUCAACCAUAACGUAGCUUCCAGCUACGCAAAUUCCAUUCCAACUAGCAGUAGUAUUAACGCUAAGAAACUCCCCGAUGUCAUAAACCUCAAGUACGAGCACGGGCUCGCUGAAAACCUUCCAGCAAUCCACUCACCCCUCCUCGUUCGCUCAAAAACGACUCUCCUCCCAGCCAAUCCCAGUCCUGACUCUGCCAUCCACUCCGUCUACACCCACAGUUCCCCAAGUCAGUCCCCCCUAACGUCCCGGCAUGCACCCUACACUCCAUCGCUGAGUCGCAACAACAGCGACGCUUCCCACAGUAGUUGCUACUCCUAUAGUUCCGAGUUUAGUCCAACGCAUUCCCCCAUCCAAGGACGGCACAAUAUGUUCACCGGCGGGUCCUACAACGGGUCUCCGCUGCAUCACUCAGUAUUAUUCAAACCGAUGAUUGACAACGAACAAGCGCUGAAGCUCGCCAACCAAGACGAACCGGUCUUCGACAGCGAACAUCUGCCGUCCCCGGGAAUCUCCCGGCAACAGUUGAUCAACAGCCCUUGUCCCAUAUGUGGCGACAAAAUCUCCGGCUUCCACUACGGGAUCUUCUCGUGCGAGUCGUGCAAGGGUUUCUUCAAGCGAACCGUGCAGAACCGGAAGAACUACCAGUGCCUUAGGGGAGCCGCCUGUCCGGUGACGAUUGCCACCCGGAAGAAGUGCCCAGCGUGCCGGUUUGAGAAGUGCCUUCAGAAGGGGAUGAAAUUGGAAGCCAUUCGCGAGGACCGCACCCGGGGAGGCCGAUCCACCUACCAAUGCUCGUACACACUCCCUGGAACAAUCCUCAGUCCGUCCCUGGGAGGCAACAACGAUGGCAGCAGCAACUUUCCGUACUCAAAUAUGCCGCAACGGGGCGGCGGUGGUGGUGGCCCUGGUGGUCCAUUUUCUUCGGGUGGGGCCGUCAAUCUUGCCGGUCAGCACCUGAAGGUUGAAUCCGGCCACCAGGACUUCAACAGCAAUUCCAACGGCGUCAGCGGACUUCUUGGCAACAAUAAUCUCGGUGGUGGCAAUCACAUGCGACCGGGCAUUCCACAGCUACUGCAGGUGGGUACACUUGAUGGUUUGCAUAGAAAAUCAGAACUGCCAUGGAUGGAACUUCUGCAGGAAAUCAUGGACGUUGAACACCUGUGGCAGUAUAAUGCGAAUGAGUUGGCACGCCUGAACCAGCCGGCACCGCCGGUCAGCAGUGCUGCCAUCGCGGCCAAUCCGUUGCUCUCCAGUGCGGGCAUCUCGAGCGAAAGCAGUCCGGAUUUGAUUGCGAACCUGUGCAACAUUGCGGAUCACCGGUUAUACAAAAUCGUCAAGUGGUGCAAGAGUUUGCCUCUUUUCAAGAAUAUUUCGAUCGAUGAUCAAAUCUGCCUGUUGAUCAAUUCGUGGUGUGAACUUCUGCUGUUUUCAUGUUGCUUCCGAUCCAUGGCGACUCCCGGCGAGAUCAAGAUCUCUCUCGGAAAGUCCAUCACUCUGGAGCAGGCAAAACACACUGGGUUGCAGACGUGUAUAGAGCGAAUGCUCAACCUCACCGAUCACCUGCGACGGCUUCGGGUUGAUCGUUAUGAGUACGUCGCCAUGAAGGUGAUCGUUCUGCUUUCGUCUGAUACUUCUGAACUGAAGGAAUCGGAGAAAGUUCGUGCCAGUCAGGAGAAAGCGCUUCAAGCCCUUCAAGCAUACACGCUAGCGCACUAUCCGGAAACGCCGGCCAAGUUUGGAGAGCUGUUGUUGAGGAUUCCGGAACUUCAACGCACGUGUCAGCUUUCCUUUCAGGUGGGCAAGGAGAUGUUAACAAUCAAACCGAAGGACGGUGAAGAGCCUUCGUUUAACUUGCUGAUGGAACUGCUCCGAGGGGAGCACUGAGACAAGGGUUAGGACCCUAGCAAAAGACAAACAACUGACCGUGCCUCAUUAAUUCUAGUGUUUUGGACGAGAUGAAGUGCCCCAGUCCAUCAGUUAAAUCUAGUAGGCGUGGCAAUACAACGAGAUUGAUCGAAGUAGGCGCAGGAACGCCACAAUAUGCCACACAAAAAACUCACACGCAUCUGCAGCUCUCUUUUCCUAUCAUUUACAACUGUCUGUCCCUAGAAGUGAAAAUUGAGCCGCUUCUACAGCAAUCAUCUUAGCAUGAAACGCAACUUCUAAAUGUUUUCCUGCGAAGGAAAGCAAGCGUAAACAUAAAUCAAAACUCUUUUAGACAUUGUGAUUUUAAUUCUUAAUCCAAUAAGUAGAGCGAGUUUAUUUUAUUCUUUUUACAUAGUUUUAGCCAGAUGUUUAAUAGAUUUUUAUUUUUUUCCUUUCUGCGAUUUUAUAUUUGUCUGUUGCAAGAAGAUUUUUUUAUUUAAACAACUCAUGUAAUAUUUUUAUCGAUAAUCAUUCACAAUCGUUCUAAACGUUUCAAGGUUGAGUUGGGUAUAUUCUCACUCUGAUAGAAGAACCCUUCCAAACGAAUUAAAAUUGGAAAAAUAUCGCAUAGAUAACCAUUAAGUUUCCUUAUAGAAUUGUAAGACAGAGCUCAUAGUUAAGUUGUAAUUUCUAUUAAGAAACGUUAAAAUAGCGAACAAUAGGCAUGAAUAGUUUCUCAUUUUAACUACACUAGACGCAAAUCUUUGUAUUGUUGAUUGAUACAAGUUUUCUGUUGAGGUACGCUUUUUAUAAAGAGUCAAGAAGUGUUUAAGUUUUCCCUUAUCCGUCAUGUGUGAUUUGUCAUUCGAAGAAUGGGGUAGUAUGUUUUUAUUUUGAAUGAACAGAAUCGUUCACAGCUGAGAUAUAUAUUGUUUUAAGUUUUAGUAGAUAAAUAAGAAAUCGUGUCAUCGAAAGAUCUUCAAAUCUAACAUUAAGGCAGGCACAAUUCCAUCUCAUUUAAAGAAGAACUACUUUUUCUUCUCAUCACACCCAUUAACGUAACAAACGGUUUCCAACUUUUUCUGGCUAAUGAAGAAAGAUGCAGCACACUCAAUCAAAGCAACUCGUUCCGAACGGUAUAACGCGUUUAUAUCGCCUGUGGAGCCCCGUUGCCAAGGUAACGUAGAAAAUGGUUAAAACAGUACAGUUUUACAUCUAGCAAAAUAUAUGAAAAAACAAAAAAUAACAUGAGAAAGAAGUGUGCCUUUUUCUGGUAACAACAUGAAGGAAACAUUACAAUUUUUGCGAUAGAUUUAAGAUAAUUUUAUACGAAGGAGAUAGAACAACCGAAUAGUGUAAAACAUUUAGUAAGCGUAAAUGACUGAACUUUUUAGUCUAGUGUUAGAUUAUGAGAUAUACUGCAAGUCACCCUCCCAUGAAGAGCAAAUCUAUCACUUCAUGACGAAAGAGAAUUUGCACACAAGUGAUCUUUUCUAGGAGGGAAGACAAACUUUUCGAAACGUGUUUUUUUAUGGUCCGAUGUGAAGUAAUGAACAAAACUCUUUAAUAGUUGCAAUAUACAAUAACACCCAAUCGACGGAUCAACACAAAUAGCUUAAAGUGAGGAAUCAGCUUCCCUGGAAAGCUAGGAUUAGAUCAAAUGUUUUUAAUAUUGUAUGUGAAGUGCAAUACUGUUUUUUCUACUCUAAAUGUGUAACUUCCAAACCGAUAAGAAACAUGAAAACAUUUUUGGAGGGCAUUUCCAGCUUUUUAACGACGAACAACGCACGAGGAACAUGCGUUUCGAACCAAUUAUCAGAUUUCUGUGAGAGCAAGACGUGAUUUUCAUUUCACUUUUUUUCAGUGUAAAUAUUCUUUAAAGCAUAAACAGAACAAUAUACCUUCUAGAGAACGAUGAAUAUGUUUUCCAAGAAAAUGCGGAAAUAUGUGAUGAUUUAAGUGUAAAACUAAGCCCUAGUGUAAAGCAUGAUAAAACCAGCCGUUACGAGGAAGAAAAACACAGAAAACCCUAGCAAAAUAUACAGCUACUUAAAUCGGAGAGACGGCAAAACGCAGACGCAAAACAGCUAUAAAUUCGUCGUAAAAAAUAAUCGAACUGGAAAAUUUGCAGUAUUUUUAGGAACGUACUUUUUACUACUCGAACCCUGUUGAAAAGUCCGUAUCUGUUUUUAUUGAUUUAAUCUAUUUAAAACUUUUAUUUUUUUUAUUUUUGCGUUGCCGUAAUGUGUUUUCUGAAAACACUGAAAUCAUUGGAAACCGUGAAACAAUACUUCAGCACAGCAAUAGACGUUUCAUCGUUGUGAGAACGAAAUGAAAAAAAAACUCAACAGCAGACACUACACGCAAGCAAACACAUUAUCUUAUUGUACUUAAACGAAUUUUUAGGUUUACAUCUUUUUUUUUUGUUUAUUUCGGAUGGACCCGUGGAAUAUCCUCCCAAUCAGCAUCGCGCACCGUACAUUCUCUCUUUGCGUCUAUUUUGGUGAGCGGCUCCUGGCUCGAUUAGUAACUAAUUGAGCCUUGCGGCAGGCGCACCAUGUCGGAAUGGGAACAAAAUUUAAAAACUUUUUUUUUAUUAAAAUAAAUAUCAGUUUAUAACGUAA